AUGAUGUAUAUCUACGCGCACGACGAUGUCAACCACUUCUUCACGUCGAUCUACGGCAUCUUUGGCGUCGGGCUUCUGUUCGUUGUCUACUACAUCUUCAAGAAUCUAGAUCGACCUUAUUCGGGAUUUCCUAUCAUCUCGUUGGACAACAGAAAUAAGCUAUGGUCAAUACUACUUGACGCUUCUGACUUCAAUCUUCAUGCCGAAGAAGUCCUCGAGAAGGGUAAGAAAGUGACGAAUGGAGGUUGCUACCAGGUCAAAACCCCUUCUGGAUACAAGAUCGUUGUUCCUAGCCGCUUUGCGCAUGAGAUUCGGAACCAUCCUGACUUGAACUUGGGUCAGCAUAUUAGGGUGGACUUGAUGGCAGAUUACGCAGGCUUCGAUGGAGUGCGAGAGGGACUUCGAAGAGACGGGCUUAUGGUAGACGUCGUGAGGAUGGAUCUCACCCAAAGCCUGGGACGGAUUACCGAUGAUCUGGCUGACGAAGCGUCAUAUGCUGUGCACCACUGGCUAGGCAAUAGUGACGAGUGGCGGACACACACGAUCAAAGAUGUCCUUCUGGACAUCGUUGCCCGAGUUUCCACUCGUGCAUUUGCUGGUCGGGACCUUGCCCGAGACGAGCCCUGGAUCGAGAUCGCGAAGCAGUACACAGUAAAUUCAAUGCAAGGUUCCAAAGAACUUCUGGAUCGCUCGCCAAUUUUGCGGCCCAUCGCUCAAUGGUCUAUGCCGACGUUAAAGAAACUGCGUAGGCAGGUACGGGAGGCUCGCAUUUUGAUGAAAUCAGUUGUUGAGAAGCAACUAGCAGAGAGAAGGGCUGCCGUGGGGAGUAGCGAGAAAUUCGCAAAAGCAGGAACGGCGUUUGUAUGGAUGGCAGAGCGGGCGAAGCAGAGAGCACCACCGGACUUUGCUGCAGGCCAGCUGAUGUUGAGCGUUGGUGCCAUCCACACUACGACGGAGAAUGUUACUCAUUGCAUUUUGCAACUAUGCGACAAUCCGAGCAUUGCCCAGGCGUUGCGCAAAGAGAUGGUGCAAGUCUUGAGGGAAAGUGGCUGGAACAAAGCAUGUUUCCACAAGAUGAAGCUACUGGAUUCCUUCAUGAAAGAGGUGCAGCGUUAUCAUCCGAUGAGCUUAUCCACUAUGCAUCGAAAGGCGGAGGCUCAAGUCACUCUAUCCGAUGGCACGACUUUGCCCAAAGGCAGUCGAAUAAUGAUUCUCAACGACAUCUUGAGAGAUCCCACGAUAUUUUCGGAGCCGGACAAGUUCGACGCAUACCGAUUUUACAAUAUGCGGAAAUUGCCCUGUGAGGAAAACAAGCAUCAGUUCACCACGACAGCUGAAGAUGCUCUAAGCUUUGGCCAUGGUCGACACGCUUGUCCCGGACGCUUCUUCGCUUCGAACGAGAUCAAGAUUAUUCUCUGUCUGCUCUUGCUGCAGUAUGAGUUCCGAUUUGAGCCUGGCUAUUCGCGGCCAGGAGAUUUGAUCUUUGCGGGAUCGAUCUCGGCGAAUCCGACGAUAAAAGUGCAAGUGAGGGCGAGGAAGCCAGAAAUCGAUCCAAUGAAUCCUACCGAUGGAGGUACAUAA